GGCACUUUUCUCUCUUCUGCUUGGUCGCUAAGAACAACAAGCAACAAGCAAGCGGCGCAACCACCAACACCGACAAACACACCCGCGACGAUGGCAACGCUGGGGAGAACACAGCGCCUCCACGAUGAGGCACCAGACGAGCUCAAGAAGAAGCUCACCCUCCUUGAGGGUGAUCGCAAGGCAUACUAUGAGAACUCGCAAGCGGUCAUCAAGACCAACAAGGACAAAAUCGCCAAGCUCAAGAAGGAGAACAAGCAGCUCACGCAGAAACUCAAGGAUAUCAAGCUCAAGUUCAACACACAUGUUGUCGAGGAGACGGGCACCAACUCCAUGCAGGAGAAGAUUACAAAGACAAAGAUGAGGCGCAACACGCUCCGGCACGAGGCCAAGCAGAAGGAGAAGCGGCUGGAGGAGCUGAAGAAGCAGCUGCACGAACUCACGCUUGAAGAGGCACACCAGCAGAAGAACAGCGGCGGCGCGUCGCAGGAGAGCCAGAAGCUGCGCACGCUCGAGAACAGGCUGGACAAGGCCAACAUCAAGUUCAACGAGGCCCAGCACGUCGGCAAGACAUACAAGCAGAUUAUCCGCAAGCUGGAGCAGGACAGGCUGCACUUUGACAACAGCAUCACAGAACUCGAGAAGACUCUCUCACAGCGCAAGGAGGAGCUCGUGCGGGUCGAGGCCAUGUGCGUGGACGCGUGCAAGGCGCGCGACGAGGCGCGGAAGCACCUUGCAGCAAAGGAGAAGGAGAUCAGCACCGCGCGCAAGAAGCGCGACGAAGAGAAAUCCCGGCUGAAGGCGUUGGCUGAGGAGCGCCGUCGCCAGUUUGAGGCCAUGGAGAAGCGACUGCGCAUGGCAUCGGCCGGCGUCGAACAAAACUCCGGUGACAAGGAGGCGAGCGACGAGUGCAAGGAAAAGUUGGAGACAUAUGAGCAGGCGAUGCGCCGCAUCCGCGACGCCACGGGCGCCUCCGACGUCAACGAGGUCGUGCAGCGCUUUGCAACGCAAGGGGAGACACAGGACCACCUCAAGCAACUGCAGCAGGACAACACAGAGCAGCUGCACAAGCUGCGGCAGGAACACCAGAAGUUGCAGAAGCAGUUUGAGGCCCUCAAGUACUCUGGCGAGGCGCGAAACACGGGCAACCAGCGCAUGCUCGCCGAGUUUGAGGCGCACCUGCGGGACGUGGAGCGGCGUGGCAGCAAGGCGCAGCAGAGCACGGAGAGGGCCACGAAGGUUCUUGUCGCCCUCUCCGCCGGCGUGGAGGCGCUCUACGAGAAACUCGGCUCCAUCAAGCCGGUGCAAUUCCGCGCGGCGAGCAACGUGCAGGACAAACUGACGGAGGCAGAGCUUCGCCUGAAGAAGCUGAACGAGGAGCUUGAGGCGCGCAAGAACGAACUUCCCGGUGGUCUCGAAGCAGAGAGCAUCCCAUACAUCCUCCCAGAACACAACACACGCGUCCCGCUCGACACACAAGACGCAGAUGGCGAAUCUGACAGCGACGACGACGACGAGUUUGCCUCGCGCGAUGCGCUCAAGAAGCAAGCGCAGGCCCUCGUGGACGCAAAGACAAACAAGAAGCGCCGCCGCCGCAAGCCCUAGGAGCAGCACACGUCCUUCCACUCCCUUCUUUGCACGGUGUUUUGGUUGGUUUGGUUUUGGUUUUGGGUUGUGUGUAUCGUACCAUGUGUGGUGUGUUAUCGCUUCGCUUGUUUUGUUGGUUGGCUUGAAUGCUGUGCCGAGUCCCGUCACAUACAUACACAAAUGAUUGACCUGUAUCUUUCUUCACCCUUCCCCCCCCCGUUGUUGCUUGUGCUUGUUGUGCUUGCUGAACCUCGCUCACAAUGAAACGUCAGAGAAAGCAUA